AUGGGCUCCUCAAUUGCUCAGAAGCGCCUCUUCCACGAAUACAAGAACCUCUCUACCAACCCUCCGGAGGGCAUCACCGCAGGCCCGGUGUCGGAAGAUGACAUGUUCUACUGGGAAGCCCUGAUCCAGGGCCCCGAGGGCACCCCCUUCGAAGGUGGCGUGUUUGCCGCCGAGCUUAAAUUCUCCAAGGACUACCCCCUCAGCCCACCGACUAUGAAAUUCGUCGGAGGCGGGGUCUGGCAUCCAAACGUCUACCCCAAUGGCACCGUCUGCAUUUCUAUCCUUCACCCGCCCGGUGACGACCCCAACCACUACGAACAUGCCUCGGAGCGCUGGUCGCCUAUCCAGAGCGUGGAGAAGAUUCUCAUCUCCGUUAUGAGUAUGCUUGCUGAGCCCAACGACGAGAGUCCUGCGAACGUCGAGGCUGCGAAGAUGUGGCGUGAACGCCGGGCUGAGUACGAGCAGAAGGUACGGGAUGAGGUGCGCAAGGGCCUGGGAUUGUGA